ACGGUAGAGUUGGCAACGUCCCGGAGUUUUCAAAGGCGCAAGGACAAACAAUCGCUGGCAGUCGUAUUCCUUCGGCAAUUUGGCACGCUACCGAACUUCGGACUCGGCCCAAAGAAAAACAGUUUCUAUGUACGUGGUGAGGAGGUAGGUCGAAUUUACCCGUUCGUGUACAGGCCCUACGUGCGUGACAUCUCCGAAAAACGGACAAUAAAAUGAUAGAAUCAUCUGCCAAAGAUAGUAGCUGUGAUUUGUGUUUGUGCGUUAGAAAGUUACAAUGGUUAUAAGAGUGGUAUGUGGUGUGCUCGUGACAUGUUUCUUUGGGAAUCUGUUGCACUGUUCACCGUUAGAUCCUGUUAAACACAUCAAAGAUUUCAAUUUGAAUUCGUGGAUUCGGCACUACGAGCCUGCGCAAUACGAUCCGAAAUCGUUAGUUUCGCAACAUACACGCGUUCGAAGAAGUUCGGGGAGUGAGAGAGGCCGAUAUCCACUUCGAUUAGACAUCCAAGGGCAUAACAGGUUAUUUAAGCUCAGGCUCUUUCCCGACGAAGAGUUGUUUGCCAACGAUAUAUCCUUCGAAUCGACUGGGGGCGUCAUCAACUUCGAUCCGACGGUUGUGUACACUGGAAAUUUGGAAGACGAUGAAGAUUCGGUAGCACAUGGUUUAAUAACGAAAGAAGGAUUAUUUGAAGGCACAAUUUCCACUGCCUCCGAAGACUACCACGUAGAACCAGUCAGCAGGUAUUUUCUAGAAGAAAGUAUGCAGAAACCUUCUUUUCAUUCAGUUAUAUACAAAGCCUCGGACGUCCAUGACCCCCGAAAAGGACAAUCGUGUGCCUCUCACCGCCUUUACCUAAAUAGCAACCUUAAGAAUAACCAAAACCACCGGAAAAAACGUUGGUUAUUAGAAGCCGAAGCGAAACUACCUCCUAGCUAUGACGAUCCCCCAAUUAUAUUUAGCCCCAACCGAACUCGUCGACCUUUCACUCCUAUCUUCGAUCUGAACCAACCGAUCGACGAAGAGCUGGAGAUGUUCACCAACCGAAGCACUUUGGACGCUUCUGGUCUGAUCUUCAGAAACGUUAACAAACGAGCCACGGUUGAUCCCAAGAAAACCACUUGUAUGUUGUAUCUGCAAGCAGAUCACCAGUUUUUCUCGAAGUACGGGACAGAAGAAGCGUGUAUCGAAGUGAUGACGAGGCAUGUGCAGAGAGUGAAUGCCAUUUACAGAAAUACCGAUUUCAAUCAGGACGGUAAAAGCGACAAUAUUACUUUCAUGGUGAAAAGGAUCAAAGUUCACACGUUAGAGGCACUGAAGGACCCCCUUUACAGGUUCCCCAACAACUACGGCGUAGAAAAGUUUUUGGAACUCUUCUCAGAGGAAGAUUAUGACGCCUUCUGUCUAGCCUACAUGUUCACGUACAGAGACUUCGAAAUGGGCACUUUAGGACUGGCGUGGACAGGAGAUUUGAAAAAUGCCGGAGGUGUAUGCGAAAAGAACGGGCACGACCCCGAGCAAUGCUCCCCUGGCGGCGAGGACGGCAACUUCAUAAUGUUCGCGAGAGCGACAUCUGGUGACAAGAAGAACAAUAAUCGCUUCUCUCCGUGCAGCCUUAAAAGUAUCAAUCCGGUGCUAAACUUCAAGGCGAGAUCUCCCAAAGGAUGCUUCACAGAGCCAAAGGUAGCAAUUUGUGGAAACGGCGUGGUAGAAGAAGGCGAAGAGUGCGACUGCGGCUGGGAGGAAGACUGCAGAGAUCAGUGCUGCUUCCCUAUGAGACGAUAUGCAACCAUAGACGAGCCUCCAUGUCGUUUGACACCUCGUAGUGCUUGCAGUCCCUCACAGGGGCCGUGCUGUACGUCGAAUUGUCAAGUGAAAUUCGGAGACAAAUGCAGAGAUGACAAUGGCUGUAGAGACGAGAGUUUCUGUAACGGUAGGGAUCCUCAGUGUCCCCCGUCGAUCAAUAAACCAAACAAAACCAUCUGCAACAAGGAGUUCGUCUGUUUCAUGGGGGAAUGCACAGGUUCCAUCUGUUUGGCGUAUGGUUUAGAGUCGUGCCAAUGUAUUCCAUCCAAAAGUGAUCCGAAGACUAAAGCGUGUGAACUGUGCUGCAAACUGCCUGGUGAUACCCAACCUUGUCUUUCUUCGUUCGAAUGGAACGACAUGCCCUACGAUAUUCCUGACAUGUAUUCAAAGCCGGGAACACCCUGCAAUAAUUAUAUAGGUUACUGUGAUGUCUUUCAAAUGUGUCGUGAAGUGGAUCCUUCUGGACCUCUUGCCACUCUUCGGAAAUUACUACUUUCUGAUGAAAGUAUAGCCAGUUUCAAGAAAUGGAUCAUAGACUACUGGUAUGCAGUAGCGAUGAUCAUAGCGGCUGUUAUAGCUUUACUGGUUUUGAGCACAAAAUACCUUGGUAAGAAGCCUAACUUCAAACUAAAGUCCGUCACGAUUAUCCAUAAGUCACCAACGGAAGCCGUCCGACUACCGCCUGACGGAGAAGGAGUCACCGUCCAUCCAGGAGUUCGAUCCAAGCUUCCUCUCAAACGCAAAGUCCGCGACGGAAAGAUGAAGAGGAAGCGAAAAGGUAAAGUGGAGUCCAUCAACAACAACCUCAACAGUCCUAACAAAUCCAAGGUAUCGCCGAAAAAGAAGAAACGAGUCUCCGCGGCCGUGGUGGCCGAAGAAGUCAAAGCCAAACCAGUCGAUACCAAAGUAUUCGAAGUGCCAAGCAACAAAGUGAAAAGAACUUCGCAAGCAGCCAAACCCGCCAAAAAGAAGAAAAAGAAGAACGAGAUCAUCGACUAUAGCAGUAUUCAAGCCGAUCUGGACGGGAAAAAGGGUUCCGAUGUUGUUCAUACUCCUCUAACGCCGGAAUCUGAUCCCGUGGGAAAAGUCCAGAAUUGGUUGCUCAAAUCCCAGUACGCGCUGCCCAAAUCAAAAUCAACUCCUGUCGGUUUGACAGACAAGACCAGACGCAGCCCACACAAGAGGCCGACGAUCAGGCCGCGAACUGAUAAAAGCAAGUCGCACAGUGUGGGCAACAUCCCCAGCGAAAAGGAGAAGGUUCGCCUGCAGGUGGUGUACAAGCCACCGUUUAAGUUUAGUGUAAAGUUGCGCAAGCCCGAAAAGACAAGUGUUAUAAUUGAACGAGUGCCGGACGUAGUGAAAAAGCCCGAGAAGGUACCACCUAGAACAGGCGUGCUAGUGCGUACCAUCAAAGAAACGGAGAGCACCAAGCCACCCCCUCCACCUCCGCAAAUCCCUCUGCCCCCCAUUCCCGUCAACGAACAGAGCGUGGACGUCGUGGACCAUCCUAGCUCUGCGGCCAACAUUGAUUCCAAUAUCCAUACCGUCCAAUCCGACCUAGAGGUACUAUUAUCUGAAAGUGAAUUUCUUUUCUCGGAUGACUGACGAACUACUAGGUUUUUACUUAUGAUAUUAACUGUGUAAACCAGUUGACAGGUAACAUGCGCUAGAAGCUAAUCAGAUUUUACCCUCAACAAGUGCCCAUUCAAAUAUAAACCAAUUGGAAAUGUUUUUCUUUGUUCAUAAUUUUACAGAUCAUAUUAUGCUACAGGAGGAUUGCUUUGACUCAUCAGGUCAUGACAAGUUUGUCCCUUCUAUAAAGUGUUGGUAUGUUUAAGGUAGGGAUUCUGGGUUAAAUAUCAUAAAGUUUUGAUCUUGUUAUAUUCCAGAGGUUUUGCUAGGCUCUCAAGCACAUCUGAUUGAAAAAUGAAAAUGACAGACAAUUUAUGUUUCCUUUUGAUUCAGAGGAAUCUCCAAACAGCUGUUUCUGUCUUACGGCGUCUUCAGUGGAGCUGCGUGCACACUGACUUUUCAUCAUCUGACUUUUAUCUUUUCUACAUCUGAUUGAUUUAUCAGCCCGAUCAAAGAACAAUCUGACCCAAAAAAAAAUAAAGGAAGGAUGAAAAUUUGGGAAUAGGUAGUUGAAAUUGUCUAUUAUUAUAUAAGAAAAAGUUUACAAUUCUACAUCCCCUCCAUUUAAAAAAAUGGAGGGGAAUACAGAAGAUGAUACCGAAUACGAAGAUGAAAAAAAUACAUUCAAAAUAGGACCGGAAUUGGAUAAAAUGACUGAUUCUAAACAACUUUUCUUCUAUAGUGUUUUUUCACUAAGUCAAUACUUUUCGAGUUAUUUGCGAGUGAAUAUGUUCAUGAUUAACAAAAUAAAACAUGUUUUUGGAUGGUUUUUCGGAGAUAACUCGAAAAGUAAGUAUUUUAGUGAAAAAAUAUUCUUAGCAAAAAUAUAGCCCAUAAAAAAUUGAAACAAAUGGUGUAUACAUGAGAUCUGUAGACCCAGUAGAAGCAGAGUUGCAGCUAAUGAAAAGUAGGUUCUUCUUCGUCAAAUUCCAAAUCAAAUAUUUCAAUGUGAAAUAACCUAAAAACGGAGCACUUUUAGGGGAAAAUUCAUUUUAACUUUUUUAAAGUGUUUAAAAAAAGGUUUAAAUUUGUUUUUUUUUAAACUUGUAAUAUUAAAAGUAAGUGAAUUACGCUCAAAAUAUUGUUGGUCCCUUUUAUUUUUUGGUAAAAAAAUCGCGAAAAUCUCCCCCUAAUUAGCAUCACAUAUAUAAAUUUUAACAUUACUACUUCACAAGUUACUUUGUCUAUGUAUUAUUUAUAUGAUCUGUAAGUUGCAUCGGUUCAAAGUGCUUCGUUUUGAAAAAGCUGUAGUUAAAAUGGCUUGAACGAGUAACUAAUCACGAGUUUAGGCAAAUUUUGAACAGCCAUAGCAUAACCAAUUUUUGUCUAACAAGAAAACAAAAAAUCAAAAAUAUUCAGAAAAGCAAAACGUACUUUUUUUUACUCUUUGAGAUUUUUGGUAUUCCUAAUUGUUUUUAAGUUAAUUCCAUAAACAAUUACGAUUUUUUUCAAAAUUAAAAAAAAAUGUUUUAUUUUAAACCCAAUUUUCUUCAAAACUGAGCACUUUGAACCAAUGAAACUUAUAGAUAAUAUAAAAAAUACAUAAGUAAAGUAACUUGUAAAGUGGUAACGAUUAAUUUGAUUUGCGAAGCUAAUUAAGGGGUGAUUUUCGCCAUUUUUUUACCAAAAAAUAAAAGGGACCAACAAUAUUUUGAGCGUAACUCACUUACUUUUAAUGUUAAAAGUUUUUUUAAAAAACAAAAAUAAACCUUUUUUAAACACUUUAAAAAAGUUGUAAUUAAUUUUCUCCGAAAAGUACUCCGUUUUGAGUUAUUUCACAUUGAAAUAUUCGAUUUGGAAUUUGACGAAGAAGAACCUACUUUUCAUUAGCUACAACUCUGUUUCUACUGGGUCUAAAGACCUCAUGAAUAAACAUUUUUUUUUUCAAUUUUUUAUAAGCUAUAUUUUUGCUAGGAUUAUUUUUUUCGCUAAAAUACUUACUAUUUGAGUUUUCUCCGAAAAACCGUCCAAAAACACUUUUUUUUUUUUGUUAAAAAUCUCUCGUUAAAAAUUCUCUCGCAAAUUACUCGAAAAGUAUUGACUUAGUAAAAAAACUCUAUAGAACACAAGUUACUUAGAAUUAGUCAUUUUAUCCAAUUCCGGACUUACUUUGAUCGUAUAUUUUUUUACCCCCGAGAAAAAAAUUUUCACCCCGUAUUUUCCAAUUUUUGUAAAAUGGAGCGGAUGUAGAAUUGUAAACUUUUUCUUAUAUAAUAAUAGAAAAUUUCAACUACCUAUUCCCAAAUUUUCAUCCUUCCUUUAUUUUUUUGGAGGUUUUCGUAAAAUUUUGCGUUCCCUGAUCGGGCUAUAUGUUGUAAAUCUUCCCCAAGUUGAACACUUUCUAUAGAAAUAUCAAAACAGGAUGUCUCUUUAGGUGCUUGAUUUUCAUUUUUCUGCGAUAUCUACGUGCGAUUGAGUCCAAUAUGUUAACCAAUAUGUUGUGUGUAUAAAAUCCUUGGUGGUAGUAGGAUAAGAGCAAACCUGCAUGUAUUUUGGGUAGGGGGAAAGGACAGGGGUAGAGGGUCAAAAAUGGCGUUAGGUCUUAUUUUUUAAUCACAUACAACGUAAAAUAUGACAAAAAUUAAAUUCUGGGAGUGAGAGCAUUUUGCCUAUCUUAACGGGGGUACUCUUUCAUAAUUUGGUCAAAUUUUUUUAAUUUAAUUUCACGCUGUAAAGGAUGUUAGAUGUCGGGUGUUUGAGUCAUGAGUGUAAGGUUUUAUUUCGUACUUAAACUUCAACUGUAAAUGGAAUGAACCUCACAGAUUGAGAUUAAUAAUAA